AUGACUGACCAGAAUGCUCACAACGUCGAAGAUCGCAACGUGUUCGCCAUCUACGUAUCCUAUUACGUGAAAGUUAAGCUGCUCGUGGGCAUGAUGGGUGGCGAGGUGAGCUUGAAGUUACCCUUCACCCUCAUGCACACCUGCUCCGACAUGGAACACGCCGAGUGCCUCACCAAGGUGGUGCCAGACGUGAAACCCGACGUCGAGUUGCACGUGAAGCCUGACGUUGAGUUGCACGUGAAGCCCGACGUUGAGCUGCACGUGGAGCCUGAUGUGGAGCUGAGCGUGAUGCCUGAUGCGGAGUUGCACGUGAAGCCUGCCGCGGAGCCCGACGAAACGCUGGGACAAUGCGAGAAGUCGGUGAAGCCAGAGAAGGACGGAACGUGAGACAAGGAGCAACAGACUGUAGUAGAAAUCAACAAGAAACACACAUCCGACCAUCUAGUUGAGCACGAAGUAGAAGACGUUCGAGGAGAACUGUCUAAGAAAUUGGGACCUAACCUCAUCCAACGUGAUCUAGAUGAAAUAGUUACCGUAGCGAGAGAUCCCCAAAGGGUACCAGAGGAAUUGAAA